AUGGAUAGCGAGAGAGGCAUGCAUCCGGCGUUGUACAAGGCGGCGACCCAAGGGAACGUGGCGAGCCUGAUGAAACUGGUGAAACCGGAUGACCCCAGCGUACUCAGCUCCACGACGCCCCAGCUCAACGCGGCGCUCCACCUUGCCGCCCUUCACGGCCACGCUAAGUUCGCCCGUCAAAUCCUGGACAUAAACGAGGAGCUGCUCGUCGCCCAGAACGACGACGGCGACACCCCGCUGCACCUGGCGGCCAAGGCGGGCAAGCUGGAAGCGGCAAAGCUGCUCGUCGGGCGCUCCCUAGCCUGGUCCAUGGACAGGAAGACCCCCCUGAUCAUGACCAACAAGGAGGGCAACAACGCGCUGCACGAGGCGGUGCGGUUCCGCAGGGUCGCCGUGGCGCUGGCGCUGGUGGACGCCGACCCCAGCUGUGGCCACGACCUCAACGAGCGGAGGGAGUCCGCGCUGGACGUGGCCGCCCGGCAAGGCCUCGUCAAAAUCGCCCAAAGGAUCGUCGAUUACCCUUGGGUCGAGCAGAAGCAGGAGUCCUUGCCCCCCGUCAGCGGCACGGCUCUGCACCAGGCCGUGCUCGGCACCCACCUCAGUAAGCACUUACACAGCUGUAAAAUUCGUUUUUCUUCUUGCACAGUGUACUUACAUGUUACAUCUCAACAACAAUCGUUCAACAAAUAUCAUUGCACGGCAGAGAUCGUGGAGAUCCUGUUGGAGAGGCGGCCUGAGCUGGUUGAGCGGAUUGACUCCAACGGCAACAACGCCCUUCACUACGCAGCGCAGAAGAACAACCGGCGCGUGGUGGAGAUGGUGCUCAACAAGCGGACGGAGCUGGCCUACAAGCCCAACAAGGAGCGGCAAUCCCCGCUACACGUCGCCGCGCACUACGGCUCCACGGAGGCCAUCAAGGCACUGCUCCGGGAAUGCCCCGACGUGGCCGAGAUGGUAGACAGCUCCGGCCGCAACGCUUUGCACGUCUCUGUCGCCAGCGGCAAGGCGGAUGCGCUCAGAUGCCUGCUCCGCGGUGUCCGUCCCGCGGAGCUGCUCAACCGCGUCGACAGGAAUGGCAACACGCCUCUGCACCUCGCUGCCAAGAUGAGCCGCGUCAAGGCCGCGCUGCUGCUGCUCGGCGACCACCGCGUCGACAUCUGCUUCCGCGACCGCGACGGCCAGACGGCGCGCAGCUACGUCGAAAUGAACGUCGAGACGAAGCUCCGCACUGGCGAUCAGCUCGACGCCUACGAGAUGCACCUCUUGAAGCAGCUCAAGCAGCAAGAGUCCAAAAGGUGCCGCAAGCAGCAGCUGCCGCCUAUCUCCGGCAGACGCAGGGCCCUCAACACUAAGGACUUCGACAGUGUUGUCGACGCCUACUUCCUCGCCGCCACCCUCAUCGCCACCGUCACCUUCGCCGCCACCUUCACCAUGCCUGGCGGCUACGACCAGAACAGAGGGAUCCCCCUUCAUGGACGGAGCGCCGCGUUCAAGAUCUUCGUGCUCUCCAAUACCGUCGCCAUGUGCAGCUCCGUCGUCGUCAUCUUCUUGCUCAUCUGGGCCAGGCAGGAACCCGUCCGGCUCAGGCUCCACAACCUCAUGUGGACCCAGACGCUCACCAUCAUCGCCUGCCUCGCUAUGCUCGUCUCGCUCAUGACUGCAGUCUAUGUCACUGUUGCGCCAAUUGCUCCGUGGCUUGCUGAUGCCGUCAUAGCCAUUGGCGCUUGCAGUCCGGCCCUAUUCUUCUUCAUAUCCUGGUUAGGGAGGUGA